AAUACAGCUAAAUGCGAAGCGAUAACUUAAAUCAUAAUUUGGACAUUAGACAUUGGAUUAUUAUCCGUUGGAGUUUGCUUUGGACAGCACUCAAAAGAAUUACCGAACUUGUUAAAUUACGCAGUCGACUUUUUUAGACGUAAACAGUUGACUUUUUAUACAAAACUGAAAAAUUAAACAAUUAAGUCGUUGCACAGUUAGUGUAAUUUAAGACUAUUUUUACAAUUACUGAACAAACCAAUUGCAAAUAUGUCAAGUAAAAUAACUAAGGAGGUCAUUAUGGCAGAACACUUUAAACAAUUUUAUCGAUUCUUCCAGGAAAAAACAUUUUGUGAUAUAACCUUAGUCAGUAAUGAAGGCUUAAAAAUUGCAGCCCACAAAAUUGUGUUAGCUUCUGCGAGCCGUGUGUUUUAUAAAAUGUUCAUUGGACCAUUGAAAGCAAACGAAGAAAAUGAGAUUCCUGUGAAGGAAAUGGAUUUCGAAGUUUUAGAUAUUAUAGUCAAAUUUGCUUACACUACUAAACUUGAUAUUAAAGAGCGUACUGUAAAGAAAUUGUUGAUUGCUGCCAAUUUGUAUGAACUGAGCUAUGUAAAAGAAUUGUGUUCUGAAUAUAUUAAUGAAACUUUAAGUGCUACAAAUUGCGUUAGUUCAAUGAAGACAAAUAUAGACGAAGAUAGUUCUACUCACUUGUUAAAAGAAACGAUCAACUUAGAUACAAAACCUUCAUGUGCGUCAGCAAGAAAUACUUCAGUUGGGUCAAAUAUUAUUUUUGCAAUUACCGGUCAUUCGAGCAGUGGCGAUUGCUGUGUGAAGUAUAUGGAUAUUAGAAACGAGGAUGACCUAAAAUGGAAAUCGAGCGAUUGUUUAUUUUUCUCUCCUCCCCGCAAAGAAACAACGAUGGUGGUCUCCGAAAAUGGGAUAAUACUAGCGAUUGGCGGUAGGGAAGAAUCGGGUUCGGUCAACCUUGUGGAUGAACUAGAUCUCAAUUCAAUGUUAAAACAAUGGGUUCCCACGACGCAACUGCAUCGACACCGAAGAGGUUUUGCCGUCUGUACCGACAAGCAAUACAUAUAUGUCGUUGGAGGCUAUGAUUACUCGGGUAAGGAUUAUUUGGAUUCCGUGGAAUACUAUGAUACAAAUUCAAAAGAAUGGAUGAAGAUUCCUGAACCAAUGCCAACUGCUCGAGACUCGUGCAGUGCUACAAUUUAUAAUAAUCGAUUGUACGUUUUUGGUGGAUAUAAUGGUGACAUUCUUGCAACUGUGGAGUGCUACGAUUUUGAAAAGAAACAUUGGAAAAAACUCGAUCCUAUGCCGAUUAGUAAUUACGACAUGGGCAUAUCUAGAAUAGAAAACGUCAUUUAUCUCAUCGGUGGCAAUAAUGCGUUACAACGGGUUUAUAAAUUCGACUUACGUAAUUUCAAAUGGAAUAAAAUGCCUAACAUGCGGGUGAAAAUACAUAACGCAAAAUCAAGCAUCAUCGAGCAAAAUGACCUAUUCUUGUUUGUGAAUAAUGAUGGAGAACUUCUUUGCGAUAGAUAUGACACGGAUAAAAAACAAUGGAAAUUGGUUGACCGGGCAAAAGAGCUAUCAAAAGAUUAUGGACAUAUUCUUUGUUUUAAUGAUGUUACUCUGUAUUCGUAUGGUAUUAAUUAUUACUACUAAUAUUAUUUUACUAUUAUCACAAUCUUCUUGUUUAUUUGAUUUAAUAUAAAAUUACUUAAUCAUACUUUUUUUUUUUAAUUGUGAAUACAAACUAUGUUUUGUUAGUUUCGACUGUGUUGUACUUCUAAUUUGUGAUAAUUUGUCUUUAUUAU